AUGGUUGACUGUGUGUGUGUGAACAACAAAGAGAACUGCCAAGAUCUGAAAAAAAAUGAAGCUCAAUAUCGAGAAGAUUAUCAAUGGUAUACAAAUACAUUAUGUGAAAAUAAAGAUGGUUCGAUAAAAUGCCAAGCAGGUAAUAUAGUAGACAAACAUAAUUUAGAACAAUUUAAUAUUAAAGAAGAUAAAUUAGAAAAAUUAUUGAGUAGACAAAACUAUCCAACUGAAAUAAGAAAAAUAAUAAAUGAUUCUGAUAUUAUUGAAGAUAAAAUACAAUAUGCUAUAGAUACAAAAAUAAGUUUUGAAAAAAAUGGUGAAAUAAAAUGUAAUACUUAUUAUGUAAAUUGGUAUAGAAUGAAGGACGAUAUUAUCCAUUUCGAUGUAUUUUAUAUUGAUUUUAGUAGAAAAGCAGGUGAUAAUUAUCGCUUUGAUUCUGAAUAUUUAUCAGGACAAAUCGAUAGAAUAAAAAAUGCUAAAAAAUAUUCAGUAUUAAAGUCAAUUGAAGAAAAUCCAGUAAUCGAGAAUUUUUAUCUUAAAUCUAUGAAACCAAAGGAUGAUGUACCAAAAUUAACAGAUAAAAAAAAUGAAUUAUAA